CGACGGCGGAUGAUGAAAUGACAUUGUACUCCGUACAUAGAGGGGUUUAUAUAUAGGUAAACUGCAUCCUGCUUCUCUACGCUCUCAAUAACCAGAAUAUAACAUAACAAAAUGCCUCAACUCUCCAACAAAGAAGUAGGCCCUAUUGGCUUCGGUCUAAUGGGAUUGACCUGGCGCGCUAAGCCCUGCUCCCAAGAGCAAGCCUUUGAAACUAUGCGUGCAGCACUCAAGAACGGAUGCAACUUGUGGAAUGGCGGCGAAUUCUAUGGAGCACCCGAAUACAACAGCCUGGUACUCCUAGAGCGCUACUUCGAAAAAUACCCCGAAGAUACUGAGAAAGUCAUUCUAAACAUCAAGGGUGGUGCAACUCCCAAGUCGCCCAUGCCAGAUGGCUCGCCCGAGAAUACGCGCCGGACUCUCGACGAUUGUAUGGCCCAACUCAAGGGGCGGAAGGAAAUUGACCAGUUUGAGUUUGCCCGCCGUGAUCCGACCGUGCCCAUGGAAGUUACUUUCGGCGUGAUGAAUAAGGAAUAUGUGGAUACGGGGAAGAUUGGAGGAAUUGCGUUAUCGGAGGUUCGCGUUGAGACGAUCCAUGAGGCAGUUAAACAUACCAAGAUUCAGGCGGUGGAGGUUGAGUUAUCGCUUUUCUCUACCGAUGUCCUUGAAAACGGGGUCGCAGCCGCAUGCGCCCAAUACAACAUCCCGCUCAUCGCCUACUCCCCCAUCGGGCGAGGCAUGCUAACCGGUCAGAUUAAGAAGCUCGAAGACAUCCCUGAGGAUUCCAUGAUGCGGAGAUACCCGCGGUUCCAACCAGGGAACUUCGAAAUCAACCUACAACUGGUGGAGCAAGUCGAAGCUAUGGCCACAAAGAAAGGAUGCACGCCUGCCCAGCUUGCUAUCAACUGGGUAAGAGCGCUGUCCAGGCGUCCAGGGAUGCCUACUAUCAUUCCUAUUCCGGGGGCUACCACGGUGGAGCGGGUGGAGGAGAACAGCAAGUUGAUUGAGCUUACGGAUGAGGAGAUGGAGGAGAUUGAUACAACUUUGGCAAAGUUUACGACGGCCGGUGAGAGAUAUCCGGCCGCUAUUCCUAUGAAUACUUAGAUCUGGUCCAGAUAUAUUGAGCUUUUGUGCUGGGCACGCUGUCAACUAAGCAUCACACAAGGGGCUGUGUCGAUUUAUACCUAGGUAACCUCUACCACUAAAUUAAACUACUAUAGCAUACUCUCCAACUAGUAGUUUC